GGCUUACUCCCGUCCGUCCACGAUAUACAGACCGAUAAGCAGACCGAUAAGCAGACCGCUUGCCUUCCCGCCUUUGGGACAACGACUCUCAUUAGGGCGGAAACAAUACCAUCUAGUAAUUAUAUACAGUAUCUCUGGUUUGGGCGAGUUUCGUUGGUGACGUCUGUCGCCAGUACCCGCCCCUUUCAGUCAUCGCCCUGCUUUGCUGCAUAGACCGCACAGGAACCUGGACCAAACGAGGCGGAAUUUCAGUUGCUUAUCUAUCAUCGCUAUGGGAAUUAUACCAUUCUUUCAGAACCAAGCUCUUAUCCCAUACUAUCUGAAGCCGGUCCACUUCGAGACACAGACUAUAAAAACUGCAGUAGAUUGUUAUUAUUGCCUUAGCCAGUACAGUAUUUCUAGAAUAUGUGUCCUGCUGAUGCAGGGAUGAUGUACCACCUUGUGCGAUGAGAAGUAGUCUAACGUUUGCGCAGAGCUGGAGAUGGACAUUUUCUAAGUUUUCCUAAUUGAUUUUGGGAAAAUGCUCUGGACAAUUUCAGUGCUUUGUAUGUCUGUGGCGCUACUGUACAGUGUGGUUGAUGAGGCCUCCAGCCAGCCUCUGACACCCAGCCGAGGCACUGUGACAAAGGCCCUGUCUGCCCGCCGCUACUACCACACAGACCCCAGCACAGGCAUUCAGCUGGUCUGUGACAAGUGCCCCGCGGGCACCUUCGUGUCCAGACACUGUACCCAGACCAACGUGAGGGAUUGCAGCCGCUGUGACGAGGGCACAUUCACGCACGGAGAGAACGGGGUUCAGCAUUGCCACCGCUGCAGGAGGCCCUGCCGCGCGCCCCUCGUUGAGAAGGUCCCCUGCACGGCCACCUCAGACCGGAUCUGCACCUGCCCUCCAGAAACCUUCGCCCAGGGCGACAGCUGCACGGCCCACUCUCUGUGCCCUGUGGGCUCAGGGGUUAAGAAGAGGGGCAACGAUGUGGAGGAUGUGCGAUGUAAGGCAUGCGCAAGGGGGAGCUUCUCGGAUAUGGUCUCCAGUGUGUUGAGGUGCAGGACACACACAGACUGCCUGGCCCAGGGUCUGCCCCUACUGGCAGCGGGCACUAGAGAGACAGACAACAUCUGUGGACCUGCUUCUCCCACCUCCCCCACCCUUCUGAGACCUGCACAGUCUGCCUUCGUCCAGGAGCCCUCCUCUUCCUCCUCCUCAGCUGGCCCAGUACAUAAAGACAACUUCAGCCUGACAGCAGGUGCUGAGGACUUAGAGCUCUUAAUGAGUGCCACAGGGAUUCUACCCAGCCCCAGCCAUGGCCAGGAUUCCCCCCCAGCAGGCUCCUCCGAAGACAAUGGAGAGGUCCUGAACCUGGACGCUACGCCUGGAGCACUGGACUCCCCACGGACUCUACCACACCACAAGUACUCUGUUCCCAGUGAUAACCACCGCACCCACCUGGCGGCCAACAAGCGGGCCAUGGAUGGCGUGGAGGAUGGAGCUGGUGUGGGGGUGGGCAGAGGGGUGCAGAGCUCAGGGUACAGGCCCACGUGGAGAGGCUCCCCCAGGCCCAGCACUCAUAUGCACUUUGACAUCAACGAGCACCUGCCCUGGAUGAUCGUUCUGUUGCUGCUGCUGGUGCUGGUGGUGAUUGUGGUGUGCAGCGUGAAGAGGAGCUCCAGAGUGCUGAAGAAGGGGCCAGUCCAGGACCCCAGCAGCAUCAUUGAGAAGGCCAUCCAGAAGAAGACCUGUCCCCCGACACAGACCAAGGAGAAGUGGAUCUACUACUCCAACGGACAGGGUGUGGACAUCCUGAAGUUGGUGGCAGCUCAGAUUGGCAGCCAGUGGAUCGACAUGUACCAGUCCCUGGCCAAUGCUACGGAGCGUGAGGUGGCAGCCUUCUCCAACGGCUACCAGUCGGACCAAGAGCGGGCAUACGCUGCACUGCAGCACUGGACCAUCCGCGAUGGGGACGCCAACCUGGCCAAGCUCAUCAACGCCCUGCACCGCCACCGCCGCAUCGACGUGGUGGAGAAGAUACGGGGCAUCAUGGAAGACAAUCCUCAGUUUAAUCUGAACCAGCUGAUGACUGUGAAUGUAACCCCGAGCCACAGUCCUGUCCACAAGUCUUUGGAGUCUCCUGGGGUGAUGGUGGAGCGGUCUCCUGUGGACCGGACCAAGGGCUUCUUCCCUGACGAAUCAGAGCCCCUGCUCCGCUGUGACUCUACUUCCAGCAAAGACUCCGCCCUCAGCAGGACCGGCUCAUUCAUUACCAAAGAGAAGAAAGACACGGUGCUGCGUCAGGUCCGGCUGGACCCGUGCGACCUGCAGCCCAUCUUCGACGACAUGCUGCACAUCCUAAACCUUGACGAGCUGCACGUCAUCGAGGCGAUCCCCAUGGCAGAGGACAAACUGGAUCGCCUCUUCGAGAUUGCCGGGGUCAAGAGCCAGGAGGCCAGCCAGACCCUGCUGGACUCGGUCUACAGCCACCUGCCUGACCUCCUAUAGGCCUGCUGCUGUGGUGCUACAGACCUCUACUGUGGUCAGGGGAUGCCCCACUUCCUUCUUCUGCAAACCCCUCCUUUCCAGGUGUGGCUACCUGGGUGUGGCUUCUUCCUCCCGCCACCACCCCAAAUACUCUGAGGCAAGCUAGUGAGAUGCUGCUUGAUUGUGGAUAUAGUCGCCUACUCGCCUUCAUGACCGCCAAUGGGUUCCCCUCUGCUAUCCUCCAUUCCUAGCAGCCUGACUGAGUCCCCCACUCCUACUAUGGUCAGGGAGCCUCCCAUCUCUCUCUAUGAUCCUGCACACUCUCACCCCCAGGCCAGACCAUACAGCCACAUGCCUGACCUCUUGAAGUCUCCCUCCAUCUCUCCCCCCAUGUAGGGGAGGGGACCAGGCUUUUCCCCUCUCCCCCCCACACAGCCCCCCAUGGCAAGCCUGCCUGCCUGAAGGAAGGGCAGGACAGAGGGAGGACAGAGGGGCCAGGCUCUGUAACCCAGCCUGGAGUUCUGGACAGACAUACCACCACCAUCACCACUAUGCAGAUUAAACCACUGCUAUUGCCCUUGUAGCGUUAAACAAGUGUUCUCUUUACAUUUUGUAGAUUAUUGUAGGUGUGUCAGCCAGUGUUAUAAACCCAUAUUCACUCAUUCAUGUAAGCAAACUUCAACAACACACACUCAUGCACAAUGUCUAUAAAUGUCAAACAUCCCACAUGAAGAAAUACUAUUGUGUAUACUAUGGUAGGAAUACUAUAGGAUUCACUAGUGUUUUUGCAAACUUUACUGUAGUAUUUACUGUAGUAUACACAGUUUACUAUACUAUAAAUACUGUAGUAAAAACAAACAGUAGUGUAUACUAUAGUAAUAACUGUAGUGUUUUUGCGGACUGUAGUAUAUUGUAGUAUUUACUGUAGUGUUUUUGCAGACUGUACUACAGUAUAC